AUGUAUAAAAAAUAAUCAGCUAGACCUGAAUCAUCUAAACCUAGUAAAUUAUAGAUUGCUGUAAACUAAUUAAUAGAACAAUAAGAAUAACCAGAACAAAUGGUAAAUUGAACACUUAUAAUUAUAAGUUACUAAAAAAGAUAACCAAUCUAUGGUCAAAUAAAUAAAGUUCUGAACAUGAUCAGAAUAUCUAAUAUCAACGAUGUUUGUAUAUCUUGCAAUUAGAACCAGAAGAUAGAUCACAAAGUUAAGCUAAAUAAAUUUAAGCGUAUUUUGAGAAGCAUUUCCAUUACAUAGGGUAUGAAUUUGUAAAUAUAAAAAGAUAAAUACGAGGAUAAUUAUCACCAGAACUUUAUUUAAAGUUAUUCAAGAAUCUCUUAUUUGAGAAAGUCAAUUAAUUUGAAUUAGUAUUUAGUUAUGGUGAAAAGGGAAGAAAGAUGUAUUUUAUUUUGGAAGGUGAAGUAGGUAUUUUACUACCUUAAGAAGAUGAAUCAAAAACUGAACGUAAAUUAGAUCGUAAUUAAAUUACUAAUAAUGUAAGUGUCGGCAAUCAAAAGAUUUGAUGAGUUAUUAGUGCACAAUUACAGUAAUCAUAAAUUAGUUGCCAUAAAAAAGAAAUCAGAUCAUUUUGGUGAAAUUGCUAUUGAAUAAAGAGUUCCUAGAACAGCUACAGUAGUUGCCAAAACAGAAUGUGUAUUUGCUACAUUAUCUUAUGAUGCAUAUUAAAGUGUUCUUGGAUUAUUACAAGAAUAAAUAAUGAAAAGAAAAUUCGAAAUUAUUCGAUCCAUUCCUCCCUUUAAAAAUUGGUUACAUACUUCUUAAUAUGUUUUUUUACAUAAUUGUGAGGAACACAUCUUUGAAACAAAUAAUAUUAUAUACAAGAGAUUUAAUAAAUGUGAUUCAGUUUAUUUGAUCAUAGAAGGAGAAAUCUUAGUUUAGAAAUGGGAAUAAUAUAGAUUAGAUUCUUAAGAGAAUGAAGUAUUUAUACCAUAAGGUGAAAAAAUGACAACUUUGGGUAGAUAUUCAAAUGGUUAAGUUGUAGGGGAUUAUGAAGUUUAUUUAACUAAAAUGCAAUAAAAUUAUGUAAAAAGAUCUUCUUAAGCAAAAUGUAUGAUUAGAACUUCAGUUUUAAGAGUGCCCAUUCAAUAAUAUAUAGAAAAUAUGCGUAAUAAUUAAAGUGAAGAAUGGUUAUAAUAAUAUUAUGAAGAUAAGUUUAAUAAGAAAUGGAUUAAUUAUGAAAGUGUAACAUCACUUCAAAAAAGUUCAUCUGUUCCAAUUAAAAAUUAAUAUAUUCUGCCAAAUGCAAAUUAGAAAAGUACUCAUAUUCUACGCAAGAUUUCAUAGCCUUGUACUUCAAAAUUUAUUGAAUGCUCUUCUAAUUUUAAUGAGAAUCAGGUGAUUACAUAUUCAUAAGAUUUAUUGAAUCUUAUGAAGUAGAAUCGCAAAUAUAGAGAUAAUUCUCAAAAUUAAAAAAAUGGUUAAUCUAUUCAUUCUUCUUAUAAUGUUAUUUAAAAUUUAAAAAAUAAGAUUUUAAAUUAUUAAGAUAGAUUUUAAUUAGAAAGUAGAAGUGGAGUGUAAUCUUAGAGUAUAUUUGAUAGAAAGAGAUGCCAAUCUCGUAUAGAUAUUGAUAGUUUUUAAACAUAAUUUCUUUUAAAACCUAGUACUUGUUUAUAAAAGAAACGAACAAAAUUCAAAAGUAUUCAUAAGUUUGAAAAUUUGUCUAAAGUGAUUAAAAUGGGAUCUUGA